GGCGCAGAUGGGCCGCGAGAAAUCUUUGUUCUUGGAUCUCAUCUCCUGGAUGAAGAGCGAGAACAAGAAACGGAUGACCUACGACGAACUGAAUAACAUGACCUACUGUCAUCAUCUGAAUGAGAAUCUCGCUGUCGUCAACGUGUACUAUGAAACCAUGGCCGUUGCGAAAACUGUGGAGAGUGCUCUAUAUCCUUGGACAAGUUUCAUCGGGACAUUGGGAGGGUUGUUGGGUCUCUACACUGGAAUCUCCUUCCUCUCCGUUCUGGAAAUGCUGGAGUGGAUCUUCGACCUUCUCUUGUAUGGAUGGAGAAAGCCUCGGCACGACAGGAUAGGACCGAAGCGACUGGUCAUCAUCACCAUGAGGGAGAGACCUGAAAUGGAAGGAAAAUCCGGAAAGAAGGAAGCGGAGAAAACAGUCCUUACUUGGGAAGAUCCGCCCAUCUACAACCCUCCAAGUUUUGAGGAAACCUGGAUAGCUGCACUCGAUCUUGCCCAUUCUCGUAAAUUACUCAAGACGUAGGGAUCUUCGUAUCCGUAGAUCGACGACUAUGCG